AUGGCGCUGCCUUCGCUUGCUCUCAGUGGCUGUUCCUUUGAUGAGCACUACAGCAACUGUGGGUAUAGCGUGGCCCUGGGCACCAAUGGGUUUACCUGGGAGCAGAUUAACACAUGGGAGAAGCCAAUGCUGGACCCAGCUGUGCCUACAGGCUCCUUCAUGAUGGUGAACAGCUCCGGAAGGGCUUCUGGCCAGAAAGCGCAUCUUCUUCUGCCGACCCUGAAGGAGAAUGACACCCACUGCAUUGACUUCCACUACUACUUCUCCAGCCGAGAUCGCUCCAGCCCGGGAGCCUUGAAUGUCUACGUGAAGGUGAACGGUGGUCCCCAAGGGAACCCUGUCUGGAACGUGUCUGGGGUUGUCACCGAGGGCUGGGUGAAGGCGGAGCUAGCCAUCAGCACCUUCUGGCCUCAUUUCUACCAGGUCAUAUUUGAAUCCGUCUCUUUGAAGGGUCAUCCUGGUUACAUCGCUGUGGACGAGGUCCGGGUCCUUGCUCAUCCAUGCAGAAAAGCACCUCAUUUUCUGCGACUCCAGAACGUUGAGGUGAAUGUUGGGCAGAAUGCCACGUUUCAGUGCAUUGCUGGUGGGAAGUGGUCUCAGCACGACAAGCUUUGGCUUCAGCAAUGGAAUGGCAGAGACACGGCCCUCAUGGUCACUCGUGUGGUCAACCACAGGCGCUUCUCGGCCACAGUCAGCGUGGCAGACACCUCUCAACGCAGCAUCUCCAAGUAUCGCUGUGUAAUCCGCUCAGACGGUGGAUCUGGUGUGUCCAACUAUGCAGAGCUGAUUGUGAAAGCUGUGUUUGAAGGGAGGAAAAGCAGCGCCUGA